AUGGCCCGUCUCACAACAGUUUUCCUCUUCCUCUCCCUUCUCCUUUCCUCCGCCGCCGCCGCCGACGCCGCCGCCGACACAUGCUCUCCGCCGUCCGACGACCCCUCCCGCCUCUCCGUCAUACCCAUCUACAGCAAAUGCUCCCCAUUCCCUCCCCCACCCCCCGCCGUCGCCACCUCCUCCCUCCUUGACACCGUCAACCACCUCGCCGCCAAAGACCCCGCCCGCCUAACCUCCCUCAUCUCCGCCUCCGCCGCCGCCGUCGCCCCCAUCGCCCCCGGCCAACACCUCCUCAACACCGCCAACUACGUCGUCCGGGUCAAACUCGGCAGCCCGGCCCAAACCUUCGCCAUGGUCCUCGACACCAGCAGCGACGCCUCUUUCGUCCCUUGCUCUCCUUGCUCCGGCUGCUCCUCCUCCUCCUCCGCCGCCGCCGCCGCCUUCUCCCCCAACGCUUCCUCCACCUUCGGCUCCCUCGACUGCUCCGUCGCCCAGUGCUCCCAGGUCCGGGGCGGAUCCUCCUGCCCCGCAACCGGACCCGAACCCGCCACGUGUCUCUUCAACCAGUCCUACGGCGGGGACUCCUCUCUCUCCGCCGCUCUAGUCACCGACUCCCUGACACUCGGGAACGACGUCGUCCCGGGUUUCGCGUUUGGGUGCGUCCGCUCCGUUUCCGGAGGGUCCAUCCCGCCGCAGGGACUGUUGGGCCUGGGCCGGGGCCCUCUCUCGCUCCUCUCCCAGACUGGGCCGCUGUAUUCGGGGGUUUUCUCCUACUGCCUGCCCAGCUUCCGAUCCUACUACUUCUCCGGCUCGCUUAAACUCGGCCCAGUGGGCCAGCCCAAGUCCAUCCGCACCACCCCGCUGCUCAAGAACCCGCACCGCCCCUCGCUCUACUACGUCAACCUAACCGGAAUUAGCGUGGGUCGGGUCAGGGUGCCCGUCGACCCGAAGUCGCUGGCGUUCGACCCGAGUACCGGGGCGGGUACGGUCAUCGAUUCGGGCACGGUGAUAACCCGGUUCGUGGAGCCCGUGUACGCGGCGAUACGGGACGAGUUCAGGAAGCAGGUGAAGGGUCCCUUCUCCAGCCUGGGAGCGUUCGACACGUGUUUCGGGGAGGCGGCGGAGGCGCCGGCGAUCACGCUGCGGUUCGAGGGCCUGAACCUGACGCUGCCGAUGGAGAACAGCUUGAUUCACAGCAGCUCCGGGACGGUGGCGUGCCUGUCGAUGGCGGCGGCGCCUAAUAACGUGAACUCGGUGCUGAAUGUGAUAGCCAAUCUGCAGCAGCAGAACCUCAGGAUAUUGUUCGAUGUCAAGAACUCUGUGGUGGGGAUUGCCCGUGAGCUCUGUAACUAG